AGAGCGUGUAGGGCUAAACGGUCUCUACCGACUCCCAAUCAACACCAAAUUCCUUCUCGCGGUCGGGAACUCUGGUUGGAACAACGUUUAUAAGGCGUAAACAUCCCGCGUCGAUUUUCUUUUCUUGCUAUUUGAUCUUUUUCUUUCUUUGGUUGCCAACGGAAUUCGUAAGAGCAGCAAUUUUGACGCCAUUGGAAAACUGCGCAACUUCAUCCGUUUACUCAAUUUCGUCUUCACCCCAGAACUCGGUGUUUUCCGGCGUUGAUGUUCCUGCAUUGCAUUGCAAAUUCUGAAAUUAGGGUUUUGAUGCUGCAGAUAGUUCGGGUAGUGCCAUUUUAGGUGUGUUAUCUGGCUGUUGGAAUUUCUUUCGAAUGCGAUGAGAGUUGUUCUUGUUUUCUCCGAUUGAUGAAGAUGUUGUGAGCUAGUGGAACUGGUAUUUGAUUGGAGGCUAUUGGUACACACAUUUUACUUGUUUUCUAUUUUGUUGCUCCAUGCAAUUUUUGAGUUAUGGGUAUCAAUUGGUUUUCGUUAUUGGCAAGAUAGAUGGGUUCAUGUGAUGACCCGGCUGUGAUCGGGGAACCGUUUUGCGGCUCUGGUACUCGUCUGGUCAGCUGUUCGAGUCAACCUCUUCCCAAGCAGCAGUCACGCCAGGAGAUGGCUUCCUUCCCAUCUAGUUCUAGUGAGGGGCAGAUGUUUGAACCAGUUAGGGAACUGGGGGUGAGUAUGAAUAAUGUCUGCACGAAUGUAUCGGGGCUAGCGGCUGAAGGGGAGGAUUGGAUAUUUAGAGGCCCCGAACAUGUAGAUACUCUACUAUUGGAGGGAAGGUUGGGAAGUGAUUCCGGUUCGGGCGAUAAUGAUCCCUAUCUAAACGAGGAGAUUGAGGCUUGCAUCUUGGGGAAUAGAACAUUGAGCUUGGGAAUGGAAGAGUCUCCAGACGUUGGUGGUUUGGUUGAUAUUUUGGGCUGUAAAACUACCAUGGCAAUGAUGUCUUUAACUGGGUCAUUAGUAAAUUCUGUUAAACCCGAUGAAGUGGAUAAUAACACUUGUGCAAUUGAUGGCAGUGCAGAAGUUGAAAGAGAUGAUACAGUAGAAAAUGGUCCUAUUUUAGCAGGGACGUGUACUUGUACAGAUGACUUAAAAUCUCCUCAAUUCUGUGAAAUUGUUUCUAAUUCAGCUUCUGCUGAUGAAUUGACAAGUGACUACAUACAACAGAACGAGCUGGAAAAUGAUGGCACUGGUUGUUUGUUUUCAGAGGUCACCGAUGGGAUAACUGAUGCUUCAGUUGUUAUAGAAACAGACGUGUUGAAUGAGAUGUCCCCUUUACAGAGUGCUCGAGUACUAUCAGUACGUUUGGGAGAAUCAGUUGCCAAUUAUGAUCAGUAUAUUUGCAAUAUGGACGGGGAGGGCUUCAGUGGUGGUAUCUCUGGAGAAACAGUUAUUAAAGUUGCUGAUAGGAACAGCAAUCCUGAAUUGUGCUUGCAGAUGUUGCCUUCACAAGGCUGCGAGAAGACAAGGGAAUGGUUUCAAUCUGAUGGAUCACCACUAACCAGUCACGCUCUAGAAAAUGAUCUGUGUGAUGAAAAGCAUGACAGUAAUUCCUUAUCCAAGUACGUUUCAGAGGUUGCAGAAGACGUUAUUGAUGUCUUGACUAGUCAUAAUGGUGAUGCUGGACAACAUAUGGAUCCCAAGAUAGAAAAUGACCAUAAUCUGGAGGAAGCUACUCUUCAAGUGAACCCAUCUUCUAAGAGGAGUGGCCGGACGAAAACAUCAAGCCAAAAAACUGUGACUAAAAGGGCAUCCAGGAAAAGCAAAAAAAAAGUCUCAGAGGCACUGAUACUUGACAUUGCAAGGAGGAGGAGAAGCUCUAUAUCCAGGCCUGCUCGUCCUUCACCCUGGGGAUCACUGGGUUAUAUUAUUCGGUCAUUUGAAAGAAUUGGCGAUGUUCUAGUAAAUCAACGCCAGAAGCAAGGAAAUAAGAAAUCUGAAGGUAAUCAAGGAGGCACCAAGCGGAAUAAGAAACAGCCAAGUGAAAGUACACAUAGAUCAAGAAAAGGGAUCCAAAGAAAAUGUGCUACUUCAACUUCAACCAAUCGUAUUCGUUUGAAGGUUAAAUUAGGGAAGAACGCAGGUCAUAAUUUUCUGAACAUUGUGGUUCCCGAGAUUGUUGAUUCAUCAUUGUCUGCCAAGGGUAACAAUUGCAAUUAUGGGGACGAAUCGUAUUGGGAAGGUAAUUUGGAAUUUCCACCAUCAACCCUUGGCGUUGAUGAUCAAAAGCCUGAUGAGGGGUCUUUAAGAAAGAUCUCCUGCUACAACAGGAAUCAGGAGAAAGAAGAGAAAUGUCCAGAUGCUUCUGUUGUCAAGGAACAGUGUGCUAAUAAUGACUCAAGUUGCACCAUUAUUGUGGACAAGCCAUCUGCAAAACAUGCAAAUGAUAAUCUCUAUGUUUCCUCCCAUUUGGUUGAGCCUGUAGAAAGGGCAAGUGAUGCUAGGAGUUUGGAUCCUGGAACUUCACCUGAUUCAGAAGUGAUAAAUUCAAUCUUAGAUAUUCAAGUUGGAGCAAUACGUCAGGAAAAUUUUCAGGACUCAGUUUUGGCAUCCUCAGACAAUUUUGCCGCUUCUGGACAUGUUACCAGUAGUAAGAAUGGAAGGAAAGAGAAGCCCAGUGAGGUCGUUACUCAUUCUCAGGAAGGUGGCACAGGUGCUUCUGCUUGCAGGAACAUGUCCAAAGCAUCAAAGAGACAUGGAAAAAGACUGAAUGUGGACAAUCAGCUUGGUUCUGGGACUGAACUUCCAGAAGAGGCUUUGAAAGUGGAAGGUGCUCUCGAAGUUAAAGAAUGUUGCAGAACAGAUGUUGGCAGUGUCUUUCCUGAAUCAGAGACUUUGAAAACAUUUCUUCCUUCUCAAUCUGCAAGGAAAAAACAUACCAAAAAUUCAAGACCUAUUAAAACAAGUAAAGGCAGGUCCAAAACUACUUGCUCAAAAAGCAAAGUACAGAAUGCUUCUAAAGAGAGGGUUUACCAACGGAAGUCUGUUAAUAAGAGUAAAAUCAAGAAGGGUGUAUGCCAACAAGUUUUGACUGAAACGGAAAGUCACCAAGUAGUGGGACAUUACCUUGUAGACAAGCCAGAGAAAAGCGAUGACAUCACUACAUCCACUGCGGCAGUAAAUUUGAAUGUGGUUCAGGGCGCUGUGAAUGAGCAGUAUACACCUCCUCGGAAUGCUUGGGUGCUCUGUGAUGAUUGUCAUAAAUGGCGACGCAUACCAGCUUCUCUUGUUGAUAGUUUAGGACAUGCAAGUUGCACAUGGACUUGUAAGGACAAUGUGGAUAAAGCUUUUGCUGAUUGCUCAAUCCCACAAGAGAAGUCAAAUGCAGAGAUUAAUGCUGAGUUGGAAAUAUCUGAUGAAUCUGGGGAAGAAAAUGCUUCCAAUAAACGGCUAACUUAUAGGGAAUUAGAGAGUUUUCAUCCAACAACAGUGACGGCAGUUCCUCAGGAGAACAAAUUUUCUUCAAUUAGUAGCAAUCAGUUUUUGCACCGCAGUCGUAAAACUCAAACUAUUGAUGAGAUAAUGGUUUGUCAUUGCAAACCAUCUUUGGAUGGCCGGUUAGGAUGUGGAGAUGAAUGCUUGAAUCGAAUGCUCAGUAUUGAAUGUGUCCGAGGUACAUGUCCUUGUGGAAACCUUUGUUCUAAUCAACAGUUCCAGAAACGCAAAUAUGCCAAAUUACGGUGGUUGCGAUGUGGAAAGAAAGGUUAUGGGCUGCAGUGUCUUGAAGAUAUAUCAAAAGGACAAUUUCUCAUCGAGUAUGUUGGAGAGGUUCUUGACAUGCAUGCUUAUGAGGCACGUCAAAAGGAGUAUGCAUUGAAUGGUCAUCGACAUUUUUACUUCAUGACACUCAAUGGCAGUGAGAUCAUAGAUGCAUGUGGCAAGGGAAAUUUGGGGCGUUUCAUUAACCACAGCUGUGAUCCAAAUUGCCGCACAGAAAAGUGGAUGGUGAAUGGAGAAAUCUGCAUUGGGCUAUUUGCGCUAAGUGAUAUUAAGAAGGGUGAAGAGGUGACAUUUGACUACAAUUAUGUAAGGGUAUUUGGGGCUGCUGCCAAAAAAUGUUAUUGUGGUUCUUCCCAUUGUCGAGGUUAUAUAGGUGGUGACCCCCUCAAUUCUGAGGUCAUUAUUCAAAGUGAUUCAGAUGAAGAAUUUCCAGAACCAGUGAUGGUUCGUGCAGAUGGUAGAAGUUGGAAUAAUAGCUUGCAAACUGCAGUUAGUUCGUUGGAUGGUGCUAAAAUGCAACCCCCAGAGCGUAUAAGAGGGGUUAAGGAUAAGAGAGAACAGCCUAUCAGUCUAGCUAUCGAAUCGAAGAUUUCAGAAGAAAAAGAGGAUCCUCUUAAGGUUUCUGCUUUGAGAAGUUCAGAAGAAAAAGAGGAUCCUCUUAACCUUUCUGCCUCUACCAUUUCACCAUUGCACAGUUCAUUGGAAUUUGAAGACUCAAAGGUAGCAACACCGAUUCCACUGCCAGAAAUAACCCAGCAAACUGAAGAUGUGACGAGCAAACCUGUGUUUGUUGAUCAGACAGAGAUAUCUCUUAUGGGCAGUAUUUCCAACAAAAACACGUGCUCUAAUGAGCAGGAAGCAAAGUUAUCAUUUGACGACUUUGAUGCUCGUAAGAAAUCCAAGUUGGAUGCUGUUGAAGAUAAGAAAGUGUAUAUAAAGUUGCAUCCUCAAAUGAAAACUUCACGUAAACCAGGUUCCAUCAAGAAAGGAAAAGUUUGCUCGGUAGAAAAAGUUCAAAUAACUAACAAGCCCCAGAUUUCGUCUGUAAAGCCCAAGCGAUUGAUUGAAGGUUCUUCAGGUAACCGCUUUGAGGCAGUUGAGGAGAAGCUUAAUGAACUCCUGGAUGCUGAAGGGGGAAUUAGCAAAAGAAAAGACGCCCCUAAAGGGUACUUAAAGCUUCUUCUCCUGACUGCUGCAUCAGAUGCAAGUGCCAGUGGUGAAGCAAUUCAAAGCAAUCGAGAUCUUUCAAUGAUCCUUGAUGCUCUUUUGAAGACAAAAUCACGAGUAGUAUUGACUGACAUAAUAAACAAAAAUGGUUUGCGGAUGUUGCAUAAUAUAAUGAAGCAGUACAGAAGUGACUUCAAAAAGAUACCUAUUCUCCGGAAACUUUUGAAGGUCUUAGAAUACUUGGUGAUGAGAGAGAUACUCACAUCAGAGCUUAUUAAUGGAGGUCCUCCUUGCCCUGGAAUGGAAAGUUUGAGGGUGUCUUUACUGUCACUCACAGAGCAUGACGACAAACAGGUACAUCAAAUUGCCCGAAGUUUUCGAGACAGAUGGUUCCCCAGACAUAAUAGAAAAUUUGGUUACUCUGAGAGGGAGGACGGGAGAUUGGAAGCUUACAGGGGUUCAAACUGCAGUAGGUUUACAGCAUCUCACAGUUACCGGCUUGAUCAGGAUUCUAGACCCACAGAUGCCAUUGACUGUGUUAAGCAGUCGUCAAUUCCAGCAUCUCUUCCAGAUGCUCAUCCUGCAGAGGUCUGUUCUGUGGCUUCUACAGCUGGUCACUUAUUGGAUGGACAAAAAGUUCGUAAGCGUAGGAGUCGAUGGGAUCUGCCUGCAGACACAGAUCUGAGAUUCAAGGAGCAGAAGCUUGAAUCAACAUUGGUGCAGCAAUUUGAUUCCAGCCAAAUAGAUAGUGUUGGAGUGGCACCAAUGUUGAUAGACAAGGUAAACAGUGAAGAUAAGGACUCCUCCCUCUCUGAUUCUGUGGAAGUAUGUUGUCGCCAAGACGAAAAUAUUAGGGCAGAUAGUGCAGUGCAAAACAUCCCUGAAGAUAUUCCUCCUGGAUUUUCAUCUCCCUUCAAUCUCCCUGUGGCUUCCUCAAGUCCUUUUUCAACAGUUUUAGAUCCUCCUCGACAGAGUAUUGGCAAUUUGAGUUGUGCUUUUUCCACGGUUGGGCAUCCACAGGAAAGAUAUAUUUCUCGCUUGCCUGUGUCCUAUGGAAUUCCGUUUUCUAUUGUUCAGCAAUGUGGAACAUCCUGUGCAGAGAAUCUGGAGUGUUGGGAUGUUGCUCCUGGUGUGCCCUUUCAUCCUUUUCCGCCCUUGCCGCCAUAUCCCCGGGGUACGAGAGGCCCACUAAUGUCUGCCUGUGGUAUUGCCGAUAGACAAUGUUCUCAAGAAGGGCAGGUGAACAGCCACGAUUCUCGAACUUCUUUCUUAGAAGGCACUCCUUGUACAAGUACUACAUACCAGCAGGAUUUGUGCAUUCUAUCAAACAACCAACAGAUACUAAAACAGGCUAAGGAUCUGGAGUGUGAUUUAGGAAGAAGGUACUUUAGGCAGCAAAAGUGGCGUAAUACACAGUUUGGCCCCCAUUGGUCACAGAGAAGGAAUCAAUGGGGAUACCAGGGAAACUUCAGGGGUGGAGCAAGCAUUACGGGUGAUGAAAAUAUACCAAACGAAGGGAUAAAUCCAUAUUGCUCGGAUGAACCAAGCGUUAGAGUGGAUAAAGCUAAUGACGAUUCUCAUCAGCAUGUGCAAAACCAAAAUCAGCGUUAAGUCUUAGGAAACUCGUGAUCUACUGAAAUUUCAAUAGAACCCAAUGUACUCUCAGUUCUUUUUCUUACUUAAGUUGGAAACCUCAGUAUGGUAGUGCUGUUGCUCCAGAAUUAGUAGUGCUAUGCAUGAGGUUGAUCUUUGCUGCCAUCAGCAUAUUAGGUUUUGGAUCUUUAUCCAUCAAUCAGCACCUCAAAGAGGUAGCAUUCUUAUUUGUAUAUCAUUUUCUCACAAAAAUUAAAUUGAGACGCAAUGUUUAAUGAUCUUGGGAAAAUAAAAUUUUCAUUGAUUCUUGA